AUGAGUGUUGGAUAGGUUCAUCCAAGUUGCUCAUCUCCAAUUGACACAAAGGAUUAUAAAACAGGAUUAGAGUAUGAUAUCUUUUUUACUUGAAUAGUUCACUCAAACUAUUUAAUACAAUUAGGUAAAGUAGACAUACAUCAAAAGAAACCACUCUCAUUAUUUCACCUAAACAGUAUAACUUGAUAUUAUUCAAGUGGAAUAAGCAAUAGAGCAUUUUUAACUCCAAAGCGUAGUUAGUUUACUAGUUAAGAUUAAAUUGUUGAAGAAGAUGAUUAUUUUAGAGAUAGAGUAACAAAAAGCAAAUUUGAUAUUGCAUCUAGAAGAUUGAUGAUUCUAUUAUCAUUUUUUAGACAUAUUAAUUAAACAAAAGAAUCAGAUAAAACUUCACAACUUAAAUAAAUUCAUAAGAAAAGAAAAAAGCUGCCAUUUUAUCCAAAUUAAUUACAAGUUUGGAAAUAAUUUAUGUAAUUGUAAACAUCUAUUACUUUAAUGUUGUAUCCAAUAUAUAUAAGUCUGUCAGAUUAUAGAAGUUUAGUAUUCAUAUUAAUUAUUUUUAGGAUGUGAUGACUAUUUUUAUUUUGAUAUUGGAUAGCUUGUAUUUGAUUGAUAUCAUACUUAAAUAAAUUACAUGUUAAAUUGAUAAAAACUAUAACUUAAUAAAUACAUUCUAGGCUAUAUUUUUAUUUAAUUUAUAGAGAUGGCUAUUAUUAGAUAUUAUAAGUAUCAUCCCAUAUAAAUUAUUUGUAAAUAAUUUUACUGAAUAAUUAUGUUUAAAUCUUUUAAAAUUACUGAGAUUUGUUAAAUAUUUUAGUUACAAUGAAAGAUAAAUAUAUUAAGAAACAUAAACAUCUAAAGAUUAAUCAUAAUAUUUUGAAAAACUAUUUUAAUUAGAAGGUAAAUUAUGGAGUAUAUUAAAAAUAUUUAAAAAUAUGCUCAUUUUAAUCAGUUUAUUUGGUUGUUUGUUUUAUUCAGUAUUAAAAUAUGAAGGUAUAUCAGAAGAAGAUAAUACCUUAAAGAUUUAUAUACAAGGAUUAUAUUGGGCUAUAUAAACAGUUACUGUUAUUGGAUAUGGUGAUGUAUUUAUUACAACAUCUAUGUAAUAUAAUUUAACAAUUAUAUGGAUUUUUGUAGGAGUUGGAUUUUAUUCUUUUACUAUUGGUAAUUUAGCAGCAAUAUUGGAAUAACAAUCUUCAAAUGAAGGUUUUGAUGAAGAUCUAGAAGCACUUGAAACACUCAUGUCUCAAAUACUUAUUCCAGAAGAAUUAAGUGCUUAAUUAUUCUCCUAUUAUUAUUAUAAUAUUGAAAAUAAUCCAUUUUGGAAUUACAAGAAGUAUUUCAUUUAUAUAACUAAGAUAACAGAAUUAUAGAAACCUUGCCUUCUCAACUUAAAGUAUUUGCUAUAGCAUUUUGUCAAAAAUAAUUAAUUGAAAAUGUUAACAUCUUUGCUUUUGAUAUUAAUUUUGCAGCAGCCAUAUUACCUCAUUUUAGUAUAUACUGUUUUAAACAAUAUGAAACAAUAUAUUUUAAUGGUUCUCCUAGUCUUGAAGUAUUUUUCUUAGUUGCUGGAGAAAUUCGUUUGUGUGAUAAAGAUGGCAAUACACUUCUUAAUAUUUAAGAAGGAUAUAUAUUUGGUGAAAUUGAAAUACUAGAAGAUAGUAAUCGUAAACAAUCAGCUAUUGCUGGUAAAGAUUCUGUAGUAAUUAUGUGUCCUGUAUUACAAUUCUUACAAUUAGUUUAAGAAGAUGAAAAAUUACUAUUUGAAAUUGAGUAGUUAGGAUUAAGAAGAAGAUUAUUAUUGUAAGAAAGCAUUUCUAGAAUAAAAAGUAUAACUAUUAUUUAUUUAUAUAGAAAAUGCAAAGUAAUUAAAAAGAAUAAGUGCAUUAGAUGGAGAAAUGAUGAAUUAAUAUGCAUCAAAAAAAUAAAUUUUGGAAAGACAAUUCAAAAGAAAUAUUGUUAAAGAUUCAUAUUAAUAAUUACAUAAAAAAUUAAUGAGAUAUAUUUUUGGAUAAAAACAAGAAAAGAAAUGGAAAUAUCAAGCAAUAUUUAAAAUGGCUGUUAGAAAGAUUAUUGAUCAUAAAAAAUAAGUUUAAUUAUAAUCAAGAAGAACUAGUAUGGUAUUGGGAAAAUAGAUGUUAUAAAACUUUGCUUAAGUUAGAGAGGAUGAAUAAAAUCUUUAAAAAAAAAUAUUGAAUAAUAAAAAGAGUGGAAAAUAUUAAAAAAGAGUUAAAAUAAAAGAUAUCUUAAAUCAUCAUAGAUAAAGUAGAAUAGCACCAAUGCUUAUAACACUUUCUCCAUAUCAUGAAGAUAUUAUAAAUGAAGUCAAAGAAGAAAAAUAAUUAUUUAAGUAAAAGUAAAAUUAAAUCCUUGAAUUAUCUAAUAAACUUAUUAAAAUAAAUUUAGUUGGGUAAUUAAAAAUAUUUAAUACUUUAUACUAAGAAUUAAUUUAAAGCAUUGAUAACUUAAAUGAUAUUAAAUAUCAAACUAUUUUAUCUGUAGAAGAAAUGGAAUCAAUAUAUUAUUAAGUAUCUAUAUUGAUUACAUCUAUUAUUUGA